AGAAAGAGAAACUGAAGUGUAGUUGAGCUGUUGUGUGUUCGUGUCUCUGUAUUCAUGCUGUAAAAUGGCAGAAGCCAGAAUAUCUCAGGAUGAGUUCAGGUGUCCAGUGUGUCUGGAUCUCCUGAAGGAUCCAGUGACCACUUCCUGUGGACACAGUUACUGUAAGAUCUGUAUUACAGGCUGCUGGGAUCAAGAGGAUCAGAAGAGAGUCUACAGCUGUCCUCAGUGCAGACAGACCUUCAGUCCAAGACCUGCUUUAGCUAAAAACACCAUUCUGGCUGAAAUGGUGGAGAAACUGAAGAAGAUUAAACUUCCUGCUGACUGUUACGCUGGAGCUGGAGAUGUGCAGUGUGACGUCUGUACUGGAAGAAAACACAAAGCCGUCAAGUCCUGUCUGUCGUGUCUGGAGUCUUACUGUCAGAAUCACCUUGACCAACAUGAGAGUUGGUUUAAAGGAAAGAGACACAAUCUGACUGAAGCCACUGGGCGACUGCAGGAGAUGAUCUGCCCUAAACACGACAAGAUCCUUGAGGUUUUCUGCCGCACUGAUCAGGAGUGUAUAUGUCUGCUGUGUACGAUGGAUGAACAUAAAAACCACGACACUGUAUCAGCUGCAGCACAGAGGACAGAGAAACAGAAGGAGCUGAAGAAGACGCAGAGGUUGUUCCAGCAGAGGAUCCAGCAGAGAGAGAAAGAUCUUCAGCAGCUGAGAGAGGCUGUGGUGUCUCAUAAGCGCUCUGCACAGACAUUAGUGGAGGACAGUGAGAGGAUCUUCACUGAGCUCAUCCGCUCCAUUCAGAGAAGCCGCUCUGAGGCCACACAGCGGAUCAGAGAUCAGGAAAAGACUGCAGUGAGUCGAGCUGAAGGACGACUGGAGCGACUGGAGCAGGAGAUCAAUGAUCUUAGGAGAAGAGACGCUGAGCUGGAGCAGCUUUCACACACACAGGAUCACAUCCAUUUCCUGCAGAGUUUCCAGUCUCUCUCAGCUCCUCCUGAAUCUACAGACGUAAAUGACGAUCCCUUCAGUUCUCUCUCCUCUUUUGAUGUUAGAGAAUUUGUCCAUCAGCUGAGAGACAAACUGGAGGAUUUCUGCAAAGUGGAGUUUAAGAAGAUCUCUGAAAGAGUCACUUCCACCAACAUUGUUUCCAGAACCAGGAACGACUUCCUACAAUAUUACCAUCAGCUCAAUCUGGAUCUAAAUUCAGUGAAUGAACGCCUCCAUUUGUCUGAGAGGAACAGAGUGAUUACUUGCACCGGCAUUCUCAAAGCCCAGCCAUAUCCUGAUCAUCCAGACAGAUUUGAUCAUCCUCAGGUGUUGUGUAGAGAGAGAGUGUGUGGACGCUGUUACUGGGAGAUUGAGUGGAGUGGAGAUGAUAUGUUUGGUGUGUCUAUAUCAGUGUCAUAUAAGAGCAUCAGCAGGAAGGGUCGGGGUGGUGAGUCUUUGUUUGGAUGUAAUGAUCAGUCCUGGGGAUUGCAAUGCUCUUCCUCCAGUUACUCAUUCUAUCACAAUAGCAUAGAGACGAAACUCCAGGUAAAGUCCAUCAUCAGCAGAAUAGGAGUGUAUGUGGAUCACAGUGCAGGAACUCUGUCCUUCUACAGCAUCUCUGGAGACACAAUGAGCCUUAUCCAUAGAGUCCAGACCACAUUCACUAAACCGCUCUAUCCUGGGUUUACUGUUUAUAGAAGAUCAUCAGUGAAACUGUGUUGAUGAAUCAGAAUAGACUGUAGAGAGAUUCUACCCAUAAUGCUUUGAUGAAUCAGUAACAGUGAGAUAUUAUUGAACUUAUUCCUGACUAGCCUACUGCGUUUCGAAUUAUGGGUUCAACUUCCUGUUUUGGGAACUUCCAUUCAAAAAAGACUGAAAUGAAUCGUUUCAAAUCAUAAGGUUGCCCUACAAAUAAAGCUUAUCUGUCAGCUUGACUGAAUGAGCUGUCAUUUUUUCAUGUUUUAUUUUCAGACAUCAUGAGAAUUACGUAACGCUUAUUUUAACGUAACACGUUAUAACAAGAAUAUCUAUGGCAAGAGCUCUUUUCAUCCUUUGCUUUUUAUCCUCGUGAUUAUUUUAUUUUGUCCCUUUGCAUACCGCUGUAAUAGUAUGAAAAAGGACAACAUAUGCUGCACAUUUGUGGUCUGUUCUCCCGAUAUAAUUUACGAUAUAUCCCAUUAAUAAUUAAUUGGGAUGCACGAAGAAUCUCUCGUUUUUCUCCUCAAAGUCUCACGUCUCUUUCCAGGUUUGUUUUCACAGGUACAUACAAUUUAUUAAAUGUUUAAAAUGGAAAUCACUUUGAAAUAGUAUAGGAAAGUUCAUGAACAUUUUUAUUAAGGCAACAUAUAUUACAUAAUACAGAUAUCACUAUAGUUAUGUUUAACCCAUCCGUUAUUGCUGUGGAAAGAAUCACACUUUUUCAUGGCCUGUUGAAAGUACCUUGUUGAUGCUUUUACAUUUUUAAAUGUCCUUUUAAUGUUCGUUGGUUGAAGGGUGAGUAGAAUAAUGUCAUCGCUUUGUACCCAGUUUAAAAAUAAAAAGCUUUACUGCAUUCAUAGAGCGUGUCUAUCACUGACUGUUUACAGCUUAACGGAAGUUACUCCAUAAUCCGUGCAAAGUGUCAUGGGGGAUUGGAAUAAGGUGUAUAGAGUCUCUUAUUUGUUCUUCAUUACAUUAAUACUACAGCUGAACUUCUGUCAGUGAAAUAAUAUAUCAGAAUAAAUGUGUGUAAUCAAUCCUCAUGUAGACAGAGAGAUCAGUGUGUGUGUGUGUGUGUGUGUGUGUGUGAGAGAGAGAGCCAUGAUGAGUGACUGUGUGAGUCUGUGCUUUUCUCAAGCUCUGUUUGUGUUGAUGGAAAUCACAAUCAUUCAGUUCUUAUUGUUGUGUCACAUUAAUCAUUUUUAUUAUUACUAUUAAAAUUAUCAUCAGUUGAAAUGAUCACACACAGGAUUCAUUAAAAUGUAUGUAUUCAAUAAAAAAUGAGAUUUUUUGUAAAAUUGAUAAAUGUCAAUGUAUUAAUGAAUGUAAAAUAUAUCAAUCCAGAUCAUGUGAUCAUACUGUAAACUCUUGAUCAGUGAAAGUAUGAGCACAACUCUGAGAAAAGAUAAAAACAAGGAUUGAAUCAAAUCAUCAUCAGUUCAAUCAAGAUAACUCAGAAAUAUAAUAGGUAUGUGUUAAGAAGAAAGUGUUUUGUUCCCUUUCUCGUUGUUGUCUUUUUUCUUAAUCUGUUGUAGUCACGUACACCUUUAAGGAGUAUCUUAUUUCCUAUAAGAGCCACACUGUUCUGUUCAUGCCUAUAAUUAUAUUUAUAUUAUAAUUCAUACUCCUUAAUGCUUCUGUAAAAUAGAUGAGUCAUACAUGCAUUUAGCUUUCCUUUGUUUUAAGUUGGCCUAGAUUCUGCUAUAUAUAAGUUACAGUGAGCUCUGACUUUGACUUUGAGUGAACAGCACUUCUCGUGUUCGUGUCAUUCUUUGUCCCCGGUAACAGUGUUCUGCUCUACAUUAUAUUGAUUAAGUAUUGGAGGUCCAUAACUUUAUCUAACAGUAUGAAAGAAGGAAAACUGUAAGCUGAACUCUGAACUCAGUCCAGAUGAAUCCCAUCAUUACUGUAAAUGUCAGAACUGUUGGAAAUUUCUUUGUUCAGUGGUUCAUGCUGCUCGUCCUGAUCUAGAAAGUAUCCUGACAUGAUAAACCAUGUUUUUCUACAUGAACUGUGGUAAUACCAUGCUCUGAAUUCAUCAUGUAGUGUUGUGGUGAAUAAUGUCAGUGUUUUCUUUCUAUAUCUGUCAUGUGAUCGUCCCGCUGCUGCUCUCAGUGCUGUAAUGAACACAAAUAAUUCAAUAUAUUAAUAUACUUCACUUUCAUCAGAGCAAAGAGAGGCAGUGAUGAAGUGUAAUGUUUCAGUAGAGGAUGUCAAACACUGUGAUCUAUACGAUGACCUUUGACCUUCCUGAAAGAUGAACCAGUCUAACUAGAUUAUGAUCUCUGUCAGAAACCUGUACCUGAAAAACUUCUGAUCUGUUGUAUUUGUCCUAUUGUGUGUAAUUUGCUUCUUUGUUCUUAUUGUUA